AUGGCUAAUAAAUCACGAGUUCUAAGCAUCGAAGACAAACAAUCUAUAAGUACAAACUAUGAUGAAAAUAAAGAAAGUAUAACACUUAUUUGGUUUGAUCCAAAUAUUGGAUCACUUGAAGAUACGAAACAAACUAAACAACAACUUCGUCUUAUUAAUGAUUAUAUCAUGUUUUUUACUGACCUUGAACAAUGUAUUGCCUUUAUUCAAUCAAUUGAUAAAGAAAAAAUCUUUUUAAUUACAUCAGGAACAAAAGCAUCACAAAUUUUACCUCGAAUCUAUUCUUUUCAUCAAAUUGAUUCAAUUUUUAUUUUUUGCAUGAAUAAAUAUCGAUAUGAAUAUUUAUUAAAUGAAUAUUCAAAAAUUAUUGGAAUUUACAUUAAUCUUAAUGAUUUAUGUAAAUCAAUUAAAGAACAAAUCGAUCUAGUUAGUAAACAAAUACAAACAUUUUCUUUUUUUGAUCAACAUCAAAAAUCAACUAAAGAUUUAUCCAAAGAAUCGGCAGAAUUUCUUUGGUUUCAAUUAUUUCAUUAUGUUAUUGCUCGUCUUCCACGCAAUCAACAAUCUAAACAACAAAUGAUUCAAAUAUGUAAAGCAUAUUACCGUGGAAAUACAAAAGAAAUGAAAUCAAUUCAGGAAUUUGAACAAAAUUAUCGAUCAGAAGAUGCUAUUUGUUGGUAUUCAAAAGAAUCAUUUCUUUAUAAAUUAAUUAAUAAAGCAUUAAGAACUGAAGAUAUUGAUUUAUUAUAUAAAUUUCGAUUUUUUAUUGGUGAUCUUUCUGAAACUCUUCAACGUCAACAUGAAAAAAUUCUAUUAUCAGAAGAAAAAAUUUUAAAUGUUUAUCGAGGAGUUAAACUUGACAAAGAAGAAUUUAUUAAAUUAAAAGAAAAUCAAGGAAAACUUAUUUCAACAAAUGGAUAUUUAUCAACUAGUCGACAAAAAUCAUUAGCAUUAAAUUUUGCAAAGAAACCAACAAAAAGAAUUGAUGUCAUUCCUGUUCUUUUUCAUAUUCAAUGUGAUAUUACACAUAUUGAUAAAAAUAUUAUUUUUGCUGAUAUUCAUCAAUUUAGUCAAUAUCCAGAUGAACAAGAAGUUUUAUUUGAUUUAAAUGCUUGUUUUCAAAUCGAAUCUAUCGAAGAAAAUGAAUCAUUACAGAUAAUUAAAAUGAAUCUUUCAAAUGAAGGACAAAAAAUUACUAAAGAUUAUAUUGCAUUAACACAAAAAGAAACAGAAGAACUAAGUGUAUCGAUUGUUUUUGGAAGACUAUUAUGUAAUUUAGGUGAAUAUGAUAAAUCACAAAAAUAUUUUCAACAAUUAUUGCAUGAUUCAAAUGAUGAAGAUCGUGCUUGGAUUGAAUUUAAUAUUGGUCGAGCUCUGGCUUUUAAAGGUGAGUGGAAUGAAGCUCAAAAAUAUUAUGAUCGUGCAUAUGAACGAAUGAUGGCGAAUAAACCAGCACGAAUCAAAGAUUCUGCUCAUGUUCUCAAUAACAUUGGUGUUAUUCUCGAGAAACAAGGAAAGUACAAUGAAGCUCUUGAUUAUCACCAACGAGCAUUAAAAAUUCGAGAGAAAUUUUAUCUAUCUGGUCAUGUUGAUAUUGCUACAAGUCUCAAUAAUAUUGGUAACAUUCUCUACAAUCAAGGAAAGUACGAUGAAGCUUUCAAAUAUUAUGAACGAGCAUUGAACAUUGAUCAGAAAUCUCAUCCAUCCGAUCAUGCCGAUAUUGCUUACAGCCUUAAUAAUAUUGGUCUCAUACUCUCGUGUCAAGGAAAGUACGAUGAAGCUCUCGAUUAUCAUCAACGAGCAUUGAAAAUUCGAGAGAAUUUUUAUCCAUCUGGUCAUAUCGAUAUUGCAACAAGCCUCGACAACAUUGGUGUUAUUCUCUACAAACAAGGAAAGUACGAUGAAGCUCUCGACUAUCAUCAACGAGCAUUGAAAAUUCGACAGAAAUUUCAUCCAUCUGGCCAUGUUGAUAUUGCUACAAGUCUCAAUAACAUAGGUCUUAUUCUCUGCUAUCGAGGAAACUAUGAUGAAGCUUUCGAUUAUUAUCAACGAGCGUUGAAAAUUCAAGAGAAAUUCUAUCCAUCUGAUCAUAUUGAUAUUGCUACAAGCCUUAACAAUAUUGGUAAAAUUCUCAAUAGACAAAGAAAGUACGAUGAAGCUCUUGAUUAUUACCAACGAGCAUUGAAAAUUCAAGAGAAAUUUUAUUCAUCUGAUCAUGUCGAUAUUGCUAGAACCCUCCACAAUAUCGGUAAAAUUCUCUUUUAUCAAGGAAAGUACGAUGAAGCUCUCGAUCAUUAUCAACAAGCAUUGAAAAUUCGAAAAAAACUUUAUCCAUCUGGUCAUGUCAAUAUUGCUGACAGUUUGAAUAAUAUUGGUGUUUGUUAUGAAAAUCAGAACAAGCGAAAAAUGGCACUUGAUUAUUAUCGACAUGCAUUGACUAUUUAUGAGAAGUUUCUUCUUGUUGACCAUCCACGUCGACAAGAAGUCGAGAAAAUUAUUCGUCAACUUACUAGAAAAAACUGA